UCUUUCACGACACGACGGAAUGGCCCCGUUGAUCAAUCUCACUAUUCUCACGAUCUUCACCAUCCUUAUAAAUCAAGCGACGGUUGUCAUCUCCGUCACCCAAUCUGAAGCCCUUCUUGUCUUCAAAUCUUCUCUAAUCAGCAAUCACACAGCCUUCUCCACGUGGAAACCAUCCACGCGACCAUGCACAGGCAACAAGACGAACUGGGGUGGCAUCCUCUGCGAGGAAGGCCGUGUAUGGGGGAUAAAGUUGGAAGGGAUGGGGAUCUCGGGCGCCAUUGACGUUGAUUCUCUUGUAGGGAUGCCUCAUUUAAGAAUGAUGAGUUUGAUUAAUAACAGCUUAGAUGGGAAACUCCCAAAGCUAAAUAAGGUUGGAAAGUUGAAAGCCUUAUUCCUUUCACAUAAUAAAUUCUCCGGUCCUAUCGAUCAGGAUUGUUUCGAUGGCAUGACCUCGUUAAAGAAGCUUUAUUUAUCCUACAAUGCAUUCACCGGCCAAAUUCCCAUGUCUUUGGCAACGUUGCCUAGACUUGUGGAGUUGAGCCUAGAGGGAAAUCAAUUCUCUGGUGUCAUUCCAAACUUUACGGUCGUCAACUUCAAGCUUCUCAACUUUUCCGAUAAUAAAUUUGAUGGCCCAAUCCCUUAUAGCGUGACAUACCUACCCGUAGAAUCCUUCUCCGGUAAUGCCGGUCUCUGCGGGCAUCCACUCCAAGCAUGCACUUCUUCAAAGCCAACUAUCAAUGUUAUCUUUGUCAUCUUUUCCUUUUUAGCGGUCCUAGCCGUCAUAGGAAUGAUCAUAAUCACUCUUAAAAAUAAGCCAACCGGUCUAGCAGACGUGGAGGCCCCUCUUGUGGGCUCUAGCUCUGAGAUCUCCAAGACCGGGGACAUGAUGACGUCGGAUCGAGCUUCCCCAGCCAAUUACGGAGCCAGACACAAGAAGGCGGAGCCAACAAAGCUAGUGUUUCUAAUUGAAGAUAGGGAGAGGUUCGAGUUGCCGGACUUGCUCAACUCCUCAGCGGAGACGCUUGGAAACGGUUCCCUUGGUGUGUAUUACAAGGCUUGUCUUCCUUCGGGAAAACCAAUGGUGGUGAAGAGGUUUAAGCAAAUGAACAACGUCGGGAAAGAAGAGUUUCAAGAGCACAUGUGGAGGAUCGCGAGGCUAAACCAUCCCAACCUUCUUUCUCCGGUUGCUUUCUAUUAUCGAAAGGAGGAGAAGCUUCUUGUAUCGGAUUACAUUAAUAACGUCUCGUUAGCCACCUAUCUUCAUCAUUCCAAAGGAUCCGGAAACAAACAAACUCUCAAUUGGUCAGCCCGAUUGAAAAUCAUCAAAGGUGUCGCUAAAGGUCUUCUAUACCUCCACAACGAGUUGCCAAGCUUGAUUGUUCCCCACGGUCACCUCAAGUCCUCAAACGUUCUCCUAACCGAGUCUCUCGAACCACUCAUGACGGACUACGCCCUAAUCCCCGUGUUCAACACGGAACAUGCCCAAGAGCUCAUGGUAGCCUACAAGUCACCCGAGCAUAAGUACAACAAUCGUAUCACAAAGAAAACCGACGCUUGGAGCCUCGGUGUCUUGAUCUUGGAAAUUCUAACCGGGAAGUUCCCAACCACCUCCCCUCGACAGGCCGGUAGUGGAAGCGAUAUAGACUGGGUAACAUGGGUGCAAUCCACGGCCCAUGAAGACACCGCAGAGGUGUUCGAUAAGGAGAUGAAGGCAAGUAGGCAAGACGAGGCGGAAAUGAUGAAGAUGUUGAGAAUUGGAUUGUCGUGUGCUGAAAUGGACGUCGAUAAGAGAUACGAUAUUAAGGAGGCCUUGAGAAAGAUUGAGGAGUUAAAAGGAGAUGCAAAGUAGUCGAUUUUUCGAUGCGGUUACUGUUGUUAAGUUUUGAUUUGGCUGUGUAAAUGUCGAAAACAAAACUAAAUAACUUUUGAAAUUUGAUUUCAAAGAAACAUAAAUAUAAAAUUAUGUUCAUUAAAUUAUGUAUUUUUGUAUAGGGGCAAUGAAAGAAGGGUCAUUUUGUAUG